GGAAGUUGUCCAUUAAUCUUAAACUUUAUGUUUUUUUACCGCGUGUGAAUCAAGCAUGCAGCUUGAUUUUAGGAUUUUACUUGUGAUUUUUAUUUUAAUUUUUUUCCUUAUUUAUAUUUUAUCAUAUUUUAGCGUAAUUACGAUUUUAAUCGCCAUUUGUUUAAGUAUUUUACUCCCCAUAAUCUUCGGUUGGUCAACCGGUGAACGUUGUGCAACGAAACUGAAGUUACCGGCAAAGGCAAAUUCAGAAGUGUCAUUGUCAAGAAAAGGGAAAAAGAAGAGCUUGUCGCCACAUUCACGUUCAAGGAGUACAUAUCAUAAAUACACACACAAUAUUUCUUCUGAUGAAAAUAUGCAUAGAAAUGGAUUUUCAAACUCGUCCUUUAAUGAUAAAAAGUUUGACAGAUCGUUCGAUAAAUGGCGGUCUCCUGUAAAUUCACCCGGUAUGCGUUCUCCCGCAAUACGUGUGGCAUCGCCUGUAGCCGGAUUUGGAUUAAGAACUCGAAAACCAAGUCAGCUCGUUGCAAGAAGACAUUCGUUUUCAGUGAAAGCUUCUUUAGACACUUCAACAAGUGAAAGUAAUUCAAGAAUACCCUUUCUUCCAACCAUCAAAAGAGCAUUGGGACUGGAGACUAUAGUCAGUCCCAGGUACACUAGUAAAGAUGAUUAUAGCAACUAUACAAGUUACCCUGAGGCUGCCUCCCCAGGAUUUGUCCCUGCAGUUCGACUAUCCCAGCACGACCGUCAUCCACUCUCCAAAGUGCGAUCCUCAGCUGUACGAAGUCCAAAUACUAUAAAAAUAGCCCCUCCAGAUCCUCACAAACUUGGCAGUCCAAGGAUGUUGGAGAAGAGGAGGAAAGAUCCUGGGACAGAUGACACCAGGAAAACACCAGACAUGCAAUCUGUUCUUACCGCACUAAAGGAGAAAAGGAGAAAAAGAACUGCUGGCCCAUCAGAAGAUACCUACUGCACUGAAGUACCAACCCAGAAAUCAAAGAGGAGACGACAGGAAAGUCAGCAGUCCAAUGCGUCCACCUCCUCGUUACCUCCCCUGCCUGCUUCCCUGCCAGACCUUUCUGUAUCUGAUUACACUAUACCACGUCUAGAGACACCCUCCCUGAAACGGGCAGCAGCUCCCGAGGUGUCAGAGUGGGAGGGGCAUGCAAGUAAUGCCAAACGACUGCGACAGGAGGGGCGAUACAACUCGAUUUCAAGUUCUCUGAGCUCCAGUCGUUACCUGGAAAGAUCCAACCGCAGCUACAGCCCCAGACCAGAUUGGUCCCAGGAAUCUACAGCCGAAUUAAAACGAGCUAUCCAAAGGGAAAUCAACAAAAUAACCCAGGAAAUGCCCAGUGAUUUAGUCACUAGUCUACGUCUUCAGUGCGAAGGAGUGCAAAAAGACCACAGUGGUAAAGAAAACAGGGAUUUCCCAGUCAGCACCACAGCUCAGGAUCCUGCUUCCUCACUGUCCUCCAUACAGAGGGCUGACACAGUGAUGCUGAAACCAAGCUUGGAUAAAGAGGACCAAUCCUUUGACGUUUCGACAUCAGACACUUCUUUGCUGGACCAAUCACAGAACAAGGCAAUGACCCCGAGACAGAAAGUGACAUUAAACAAGAGUUUCUCGGUGCGUAAACGUCAGAUGUCUCUCUACACAGGCCUCAACAAGUCUUUCUCAAAGGUACCCAAGUCCAAUGUUGUGGCCUGUAUAGAGGACUAUGAAGCUGACCGUGAAGCGGAACAACGACGAGUUGAACAGAUGCUAGAGGACAUCGUGUCCAACGAGGAUGCCGAUAAGAAUAAGGUCAAAGGGAGUGUUCUAGGUGUGACAAACACAGCAGUAUCUACAGUUGUCAUCUCCUCCACACCUUCAACAUCCAACACAGGUAAGUCAAUGGUCAUCUCCCCCACCCCCUCAACAUCCAACACAGGUAAGUCAAUGGUCAUCUCCCCCACACCUUCAACAUCCAACACAGCUCCUGUAACUUCCUCCGUUAAUUUACCUAACCUGUCUGUGAACCCCCUCGUAGUGUCCAAAUCUAUCACUACAUCAGCAUCCACACCAGCCCCAGGUAAGGUUUCCACAACACAAGGGCUUGGGUCCGUAACAGCUCCGUCUUUCAAUAUUUCUACAUCUGCAUCAACAUCGGCGUCCAGUUUGCUAGCCUCCUCUCCAGUGUCCUUGUCAGGGUCGGGCACUUACACUACCGUGAGUGCUGCCCCAGCGGCCAUGAGUCUGGGAAUACAGAACACUACCACGUCUGUGGCAUCCACUUCAAGUAACAACUUUUUUGCGGGCCUUCCCAGCAGUAUUACACCUUCCCUCCCUGGCACUAAUGUAGCUUCUGUCUCCAGUUCAAAGGUUAGUCAAUCUUUAGCUGGCAGUUUUUCUGUAGGAAAUGUAGCUGCAUCAGUAAAAGCAACCAUAAACACAUCAAGUGACAUAAAUUCUACUCUAUCAACUAAAUUUGGACUACAGGCUGCUGAUCCAGGGACUGUAGGUGCAGCAAUUGCUAGUGCCGUUGCUGCAGAAUAUUCAUCGAAAGCUCCAGAUGUGUUAAACUUCGGUGCAGCAACUCCAAGUACAAAUGCCGGGGUAAUCCCUAACUUCGGUAGAGUUACCAAUGCGGCAGCUGCUGCUGUUCAGCCUUCGUUUGGGGUCGUUAACAGUGUAUCGACUACUGCUGGGCCACCUAGCUUUGGCGGUAUUAGCGGUGUUGUGACAUCAAAUGUAGCUCCCAAAGUUACUGCGACAGGAAACACUGCAUCUACUACAGCAUUCAGUAAUGCCUCCACUGUCAACACAACUGGAUUUCCCUUCGGAGUUGCAACCAAUGUUACGCAAACAGGUAGAAGUGCUCCUGCUCCUGUGUUUGGCAACACAACUCAAUCUGUACCUACAGCUAGCUUUGGCACUAGCGCUGGCCCUAACCCAAACUUUGGUGCCAAUAAUUUCCAAAAUACAACUGCAACCACAUUUGGAACUGGAGUCCCGACAAAUCAGCCAAAUUUCACUCCUGUGUUUGCAACUCCAAAUCCUACGACACAGGCAAAUACAUUUGGUGCUCCCUCAGGUAAUGCACCUACUUUUGGUAGUGCUGCGCCCACAUUUGUCGCUCCACAGAACAAACCAACUUUUGGAAAUACUGCUCCCCAGGUUACUAAGGCAGCUACCACUGGUGGCUUCAAUUUUGGAGGCGGAGCUGCUCCGACUGUAAAUUCUAACAUUUUUGGAGGUGCUGUUAACACUGCAGUGAGCACCUCUGGGUUUCCUGCUGCACCCCAAACAACAGCACCACCAGCCUUUAAUUUUGGCACUACAAAUCAGACUACCACCAGUGCUUCAGCCUUCAAUUUUGGGAAUACAUCUACACAGACUACCAGUUCUUCUAGUUUUAAUUUUGGUGCUUCAAAUCUAACGACAACUGCAGCAUCAACAACCUUCAGUUUUGGAGGUGCAACAAAUCCAAAGCCGCAAGCGAUUGAUUUUAGAGGGGUUACAAACGAAAAUAAGACGCAGGCAGCAACACCUGCCUUUAAUUUUGGCGCGUCAAAUCCAACAACUACCGCUUCAAAUUUUGGUUUUGGAGCCACAGUUUCCAAAGCAUCCACUUUCAAUUUUGGAGCCAGUGCAACAACAAACACAGUAGGGGCUGCUCCAGCUUUCGGAGGGGCAAAGCCACAAACAAGUGCCACACCAGUGUUCGGAGGUUCCACUGCCCAGUCCAGUGGAACAUUCCAGGGAGGCAUGACAAAGUCUGGGUCAGCCCCAGCUUUUGGUGACACCGGUCCUAGUUUUAGUGGUGGACCCAAGCCUUCGAAUCCAUUCAAUACAUCUUCGUCUACAAUGUUUGGUGGCAAUGCCCCACCAGGUGCUCCCCAGGCGGCUAACAGUGGCAAUGCUGUGUUUGGAUUUGGAGCCACUACCCAACAACCCCAGCAACCCCAGCAACCCAGUGGUAGUACAACAGGAUUCAACUUCAGUGCAGCUGCAGGAGGAGGUGGGGCCAGUACAUUCAAUUUUGGUGCAAAUGCAUCAUCUACCAGCAGCUUUGGAGCAGGUUCCCCAGCCCCUGGAUUUGGCCAGGCACCCAGUACACCAGGUCAGGGAAUGUUUACUGUCGGAGCCAGUAGCUCGGCAACAAAGCAACGCACCUUGACCAAAGCCAAGCGACGAGGCACUAGGAGAUAAGAACUUAUUCCAAUUUAACAGAGGCUCAUUUUUCUGUUAAAAAAAUAAUUCAGCCAACUUUGAUUGACCACAUUAAGAUCUUGCUAACUGAACAUAACAAAUGCAUGAAUAUUAUGAAUCAUUUAACAAAUGCAUAUAAUUUCUGUGAUCAUAGAGCUUGUGAAUUAAAGGAAUACACAUUACAGUAUUAAUAAACGGUUAGGUUCAGCUAGACUUUCGUGGUUCUCACAAUUGAGUACAUAUGAUGAAAAAUUAGAGAAAUUCCACCCAAAUUGGUAUGAAUUAUUCACAAAGAUUUUACUGCAAGUUAACUCAUUCAUACACAUUCAAACUGAACUUCCCCAGUCUUCGAUUUUGGUUCAAAGGUUCAAAUGUGAUUUAAGGGAUGAAUAAGUUAAGGUAAAGAAGGGACUUUUUCAAUAUCCUUUAGACAUUUAGUCUACAAAGGACUAUUCAACUAAGAAAGAAGUACAAUUUAAAUACUGACUGAAAAAAACUGAUACUCACAGAGGAGGUAAGAUUAAAAUACAGAUUCUCAUAGAGCAGCCCAGGCUAAAAUACAGAUUCUCUUUGAGGAGCCCAGGCUAAAAAGCAGAUUCUCAUGGAGCAGCCCAGGCUAAAAUACAGAUUCUCAUAGAGGAGCCCAGGCUAAAUACAGGUUCUCAUUGAGGAGCCCAGGCUAAAAUACAGAUUCUCAUGGAGGAGCCCAGGCUAAAAUACAGGUUCUCAUGGAGGAGCCCAGGCUAAUAUACAGGUUUUCAUGGCAGAGCCCAGGCUAAAUACAGAUUCUCAUUGAGGAGCCCAGGCUAAAAUACUGAUUCUCAUGGAGCAGCCCAGGCUAAAAUUCAGAUUCUCAUGGCGGAGCCCAGGCUAAAAUACAGGUUCUCCUAGAGGAGCCCAGGCUGAAAUAUAGGUUCUCCUAGAGGAGCCCAGGCUAAAAUACAGGUUCUGAGACGAUCAUACAUGACUUCAUUGUGGAGCAUGACACCAUGUGUUUAUUGUCCUGAUUUCGAUGUUACCAUCUGGUGUUAUCGUCCCACACAUGAGAUGUAAGAAAGAUAUAUAUUUGCGACUGCUUUUCUUUUUACAUGAGAUAGUUCAAUCUUGCACACAGGUAUGAGAGAAGUAUCAUUAUUCAAGCAAGCAGCAUUCGUUAAUUAUUUCCUCGCCCUCAUAUAUUCCACCAUGAUACACGCACAUAAGUGGAUUAUUUCACUAUAACCAUUAAAGGGAGAUCAAAAACGUGGUAUUAUACUCGAUGAUCUGUUAUGGUAGGUGCAAAGGUAAACACUUCCAUGAUGGUUUCAAAUAAGAAGAAAAAAAUAGAAAAAAAGGAUGUAGGUCUCGGAACAUGCAAGUGAUAGGUACAAACAGAAAGUUUUGCGGCAGUUUAAUUCGCACCUUUUUAGCCCUCCAUAAUGAGAGCGAAUUUAUCAUUACAGCCAAUAUAAGUAGACAGCAUAAUAUACAGUAAUUUAAUGUAAGGGUAAAAUGAACACAGAGCGAAAGUUGAUUUUAUGGAUGCAGGACGAAAGUUUCCCGUUAUACAUUAGAUCUGUGUAUUCCAACAAUGUUAGAGAUUUAACAUGACAAGAUACUUCUGACAAGCGCUGUUGCAGUCAGCACAAUCAUAGCUGAUUAGUGGCCUCUUAUGUUAUAGGAGUAGAACAGAGUGUUGUGUGCGAAGAAUACACAUCAGGGGGUUUUCAAAGUGGGCCCGUAAAACAUUUUGUACAGCCCUGGUUGUACUUCACUUUUUAACGCCUUUAAUAUGAAUUUCUGUAAGACUAAUGCAGUGGACAUGAAGUUUUAAGGUACAUAGUGUUCUAGUUCAUUGAAUGAUUUCAUAAAGAAUUCAAUUCGUAAUGUUAUCUAUGAAAUUAAUUUAGAACUCAAAAAAUGUAUUAUUUAAUCACAAUUGUGAUCUCAAAACAAAAUGUUAAUUGAUUUGAGUUUAUUUAAU